AUGUUCAUCCUUCUACCAAGAUUCCGUGAAUGGACUUGUCUUUUUCUCCUGUUAGGAUCAACCACUGCAAUCCAGGAACCCGCUACCCUGCUUUCUCGAGAUGAGAGUGCCAUCUGCUCUACCUACACUGUUGCCGGAGAAGACACCUGCGCCAAAAUUGCUCAAAGCCAUGGGAUCACCGUGAAAAACAUUGAAGACUAUAAUGCUCAGACUUGGGGAUGGUCUGGCUGUGCUCAGAUACAACAGGGCGCUUUCAUUUGUGUAUCAUCUGGAGAGCCUCCUAUGCCGGUCGCUCUUCCGCACGCUACAUGUGGCCCACAAGUUCCUGGUACCGUCCGUCCCAAGAAGUAUUCUGAUCUUGCUUCUCUGAAUCUCUGUCCGGCAAACCAGUGUUGCUCCAAAUCCGGCCAGUGCGGGACUACUUCGACGUUCUGUGGUUCAGCGAACGGCUGUAUCUCUCACUGCAAAGAGGGCGCAGAUACUGCUGCCAGCGCGAGGACUGCCACUGAGCAUACAGUCGCCAAGUCAACCAGCACUACUUCCUCGAAGUCAACUACCACCCAUCACGCCACGACCACAACUUCCAAAACGUCCAAGACCACCACCGCAGCUGCAACUUCAUCAGGCGCCCACUGGCAACUCACAAUGUACAGCAAAAAGAACUGCGAGGGAGACUAUUACCUACUCCAAGGAUACGACUCUGGGCUCGACCACUGUCUACAAUUGCAGUCUGCGUUAAGCACUGUUGUCUCUAAUACGGGUGUAUCGUGUCGUUGGUGGCUCAAUGGUGGAUUCUCCGGCUGGACAAGCUGCGACAAAAGUGACCUGAAAAAGCCCGUGACCUGGUUUAUGAAUAGGGGUUCGUGCUUGGUUUACUCUGAUACUGCAUGUAAGGAGUACUCGGGCACGAUCAAUGGAGGAACACAUCUGGGGUGUCAAAGUGUGAACCUUAUGGCAACUGAGCCGGAUACUAAUUUUGGAUCUUUGAUGUGUGCGGGUUGGCCAGCUUAG